AUGCUUCCACAGCAAGUAAUUGAUAUCGUUGAUGAUGAUGACGAUGAAAGCACAACAAUCCAACAACAUGCUUCUUCUUCAAUUCAUAAUAAUAAUAAUUUUAGUACAUUGAAUGGUCAUCUUGUGAGUAGUAGUAACGGAGAAUCUAGUAGAAGCAGAUUCGCUGGUGCCUUUUCUAUCGAUGAUUCAUUUUCGGGUGAUAAUGAUGCAUUGAGUCCGUAUACACCAUCAAAAAGAAAAUUAGAAGAAAUCAAGUCGUUUGAAGAGCCUACCAGUGAGGAUGACGAUGAUGUGUAUGGAGAUGUAAAUUUGGACCAAUUAAUAAUGAAUUACGAAAAAACCAAAUCAGCCUCUUCAUCAUCAUCCGAAAAUUCAUCUUCUUAUUUUGUUACAGGUAGUAAUAUGUUUGGGAUGCUUGGACUUGGAAAUCCAGUUUCAGAUUCCGCUAAAAUUUCAUCCUUUACAAGGCUGAAUAAUCCAGCAAUUGAUCCUUCUCAAGUCAAGUUCUUGGCCUGUGGACACUAUCAUACAAUUUUACUAACAAAAGAAAAUCAGCUCUAUGCAUGCGGAAAGAAUAAUUAUGGCCAAUUAGGAAUGGGAAAUUUGACAAAAGUUGUAAAUAUUUUCAAAUUUGUAGAUUCAAGUUUGAAUGGCAUGCCAAAAGAAUUGAUUACCGAUAUUAAAUGUGGAAGAUACCACACAAUGUUCAUUACAAACCAACCUAAUGAUAAUGUAUGGGUUUGUGGUAAGAACAAGACAGGUCAAAUGUCUCUUCCAUCUAUGAAUAUUUAUCCAUCACCUCAACGCUUAAUUACUCAAUUUUCAGGAAAGGUUCUUUUUGCAUCCUGUGGAUCAGAAUAUACUUUUAUCAAAACUACCGAUCAUAUUUAUGCUUGUGGUGACAAUUCUAGAGGCCAAUGUGGAGUUGGUAUAGAAUUGCCUCAAAUCAAAAAGUUUACUGUUGUUCGUGACCCAUUAUUUAUAAGACAAGAUAUUGUACAAAUAGAAUGUGGAGAAUUCCACACAUUAUUUUUGACUGCCAGUGGUGAAAUUUGGGGAGCUGGUACAACUGUUAAUGGACAACUUGGACUUGAUCCUGUAGUACUUGGUAAACAAAAUCUCUACUCUCCAACCAAAAUACCAGUCUCAAACAAUGAGCCAAUCAAGAGUAUUAGUUGUGGCUUCCAUCACUCUGCCUUUCUUACAAAAACUGGUAAGAUUUUCAUUUGUGGUAGAAAUGGAGAUGGGCAACUUGCUACUGGUGAAACCGUUCCAAGACUAUUUUCAUUUACUCAUAUUCCAUUGUCUGCAUCAUCACUGGGUCACCAUUUUGUACAGGACCUUUAUUGUUAUUCAUACUAUUCUAUUGCAAUUACUGAUAAGAGAGAAAUGUUCUUGACUGGUAGUAACAAGUGUGGACAAUUAGGUUGUCUCGAAACUCCAAAGAUUGAAAAGUUUAGCAGAACUUUCAAACAUAGAGUCAUGAAUGUAUAUUGCGGUAGAGAUACCUUGAUGGUUGAAGCUGAAAAUAAGGAAUAUACUGAAGCUGUCCAUGAAGAUACACUCGGAAAACUUUUAGACUUUGACAAUGAAGAUAUUAUGAGUCUAUUGGAUUCUUACAUUAUUUGCAGUGAUGAUAAACAGUAUCCAAUCCUGUAUGAUUUUGUUAUGGCAAGAUUUCCAUUCUUUGAAGCAUUUAGUAAGGAUGUGAGUGGAGUUCCAUCACUUGAAAGACCAAGCAAGAAGAGAAAAUCUAGGGGUGAAUCCUCCAUAAGAAUUAUUGACCUUUCUUCCAUUUCUACACUUUCCAGCAAGUCUGUCCUAAAGAUUCUCAAAUAUAUUUACACAGACGUUCUCGAUGAUUUUGGUACAACUAUUCAAGAAGAUUUGGACGUGAUUUUAUGGAUUGCAGAAAAGAGUAACAAGGACUUUUCCUCUGGUCCUCCAAGUAUUUCCAACAUUGCACGUUAUGUAAAGCUUGUUUUACAAAAUACCCUAUCCGGUAUCACUAAUGGAACUGUUGUCAAGACACUCUCUGCUUUACAACUGUUCAAAAACCAUCCACUCAUUGAAAGUAUUUACAGACACUGUAUUGCACUAAUUAGAAAGAUUGAAAAGACUUAUACUAUUAACGAGAUUAAGGACUAUAAUGAUCUUUCAAAAGAGGCCCUUAUAGAAGCAUUGACAGCAGGUGAAAAUUAUCAUUGUUUGGGAUCAAGUGAUGUAUCAAUUCCUCCGUCCACCUUCUCAGAAGAUAUGGAGAGUUUAUACGCAAAAACACAGACAACUAAUUCUGGUGAUGUUAAACUUGUUCUUUCUAAAAGUACAACCAUCCAUGCUCACAAGGCUAUACUGGCAGUCAAGUGCGAUUUUUUCAGAGUAAAAUUUACAUCAGGAAUGUGUGAUAUGGAUUCAUUUGACAUUUCUGACGAUUCGGAAGAAGAGGACAAGGAAGAAGUUCAAGCUCAUAUUUCCUUUAUCAAGUAUCUAUACACUAAUCAGGUACUGUUGAAUGGUAGCAAUGCUGUCAGCUUUUUAACCAAGUGGAACUUUUAUUCAAUGGACAUUAAUCAUCAAAUUAGCUUGCGUUGUCAAUCAAUAAUAAUUGAAGGUUUGACAGAGAGCAAUGUUUUAGAAUUCCAAAAAUCCUUCUUUUUCGAUCGUUCUUCUCCUUAUCACCACUUACGAAAAGCAUGUGUACAAGCCCUUAUUAGUCACUGGCCAGCCAUUAACCAACGUUACACCAAGAAACAAAUUCAAGAUCACAUGACAUUUGACCAGUACAUUAAGAUAACACAAGCAUUCCUCAAAUUACAAGCCAAAACCAAUAAUACAGUUUAA